AUGGAGAAUCUCAAGGAGAAGAUCUUUCAAUUUGGAAUAUACGGAGCAAAGCUGGGAAUGCUCGAUGGAAGUGAAGUGGAGAUGGUCAUUGGGGAGCCGUGGGUGGAAAUAAUAACAGCAGAUGCAGUAGAAGGCUUGAAAAGAAACUUCACAACGGAUUGUUUGAGGACAGAAACAAACAGAUUCAUGGUGGAGAACUUCAGCUGGAGCGAUCUAUAUGUGAGGAUGGGAUCUCUUGCAUGGAAGGAUUACCUAACCUCUGGGACCUUUAACUUUACAUCGAAAGAGUACUUUCUGAUAAUGAGUCUUCUGAUAGAGGCCAGGAGAUAUGUAGACAACGUGGAACUUAGAAAACUGAAUCUCGAUCCCAAAAAAACACACUACUGCAUCAACAGGCUGGCUAGGAAGGGAUUUAUCGAGUACAAAACAUCCGAGGAGGCCCAGAAAAAGAACUUUAUAUACAAAGUCAGGGCGAUAGUGGAUGAAAGAGGAUUUGUGAUGCGUAGAGUCGCAGAGAAACAGUUGUUGGACACCAACCGAGCAGACCUUCCUGGGAAAAAGCGGAUGUUUGAAUACCGAAUCGAUAUUGGGCUCUACGACAACAUCAGAGAAAUGAUCUUGAAUUCGAAAGACGGGAUAAUUACGGAGGAUCUGAAAAACAAGCUUGGAGUCAGCUCUAAGAUCGGAUACAAGCUUCUCAACAAGAUCUUCAACGAAGAAAAGGAUGCCGUUACAAGAACAGAGGAGUUCAAGGGCCGCAUCAGGAGGUACAGGUACCAUGUGGGUACUAAAAGCAGUGAAGAGGCUUUCCAAGAAGGCGGGGACGGCACAAGGACCGUGGGAUAUAUAACCUCCGAGGAGAGAGUAAGAGCAAUCAGAAAGCUUAUGUCCACCAGUCCCAUUCUCCAACUUGACAAACGGACCUACGAGAAACUCCAGGAGCUAACGGGGUGGAGGUACGAAUUUGACAGAAGAACCAUAAUCAAAUCGGCGGUUCUUGCGGGAUUUAAGAUAUACAAACAAAAGAGAGGAAAGGAGGGAAAGUGCAGUAGAUAUAUGAUAAUGCGAAAUGAGAUGGUUGAGUCUGACAUCAGGGCCCUGGAUGUGUCGAACUGCGACUUCCAGGAAAGCAUGUCUGAGUUCCAGAGAAAGAUAUACAAUAUCUUUGUCAACUCUCCAAAGUUUGUGGAGAUGGACAACGGAUACAUUCCUUUGAGAGAAGAAAGAUUAAAACUGCUCUACAGGUUCCUCGUCAACCACAUGACCUCCAGAGGAGAUGAGUCACUAAGAUUUGACUGGGAGGUAGUAAGAGAAAUGGAGUUCAAUCUUUUGCUAUCGAUAGUCCCUUUCAACAGGAUUGGGUUCAGGGAGUCUCUAUGCCGGUUUAUAGACUCUGGAGGAGCCGAUGGCAGUGCGUUUAAGAGAAGAAGCCACGAGCUGUCUGGAGAAGCAGGAGCCUCAUGUGCCGCUGCUCUGUCGGGAAAGACGGUCUCUGAUAUUGUCGGCCUGAAACUUCCUCAGAGCAUAAGAAAGCUGAUUAGAUUAAAGGUGGGCGUGGGGAAUUUCGUGUCUCUGCUGAAGCAGAUGAGAGACCUCCAAGUUCUUGAUAUGGAAAUAUCGUGCGAGAGGGUGGUGAUAAAAGGAAUGGCCAUGGAUCCUCCCCUUGGACUGAAGGCUCUGGAAAAGGCCAAGAGAGCCAAAGGUAGGGUGAAGUAUGUUUGCUUGAGCCGAAGACUUGAAUUCUUCGAAAAGAUAUGCAAUACAGAGGAGAAGGGAUUCUAUGACCAGGCGUACAAGGUCAUCUACACCGAGUUCAAGGGAGAUGAGCUUGAGGCUAUGUUUGACAGGCUGAAGAUGUUCAGGGAUAGAGAAGCUGAUGACUCGAGGCAGAACUCGCUAGAGAGGCUGUAUAUGGAAUUCAAGAGAAACAUAAUCGAGCUAGGAUGGAUAGGGACACUUGACUUCAACUCCUACUCUGUCUCCGAGGCCAAAAGAGCGCUCAAGACACUCUCCAGGGACAAGGUGAUAUCAAACUAUAAGGGGAUAAGGAGGGUCGAGUUUGUUACUCCCCACGAAAGCUUUUUAAAGGUAAUCAAUAGGAAGUACGAUGUAUUCCGAUUCAAAGGAUACCACGAGCACAAAGGGAUGGGAUACUUCUCGCAUUACUUCGAUCUAGUCUACUAUAUCUUGGCAACAUCCGGAUCCUUGGAAAUCAGCGAGCUAAUGUCUCGUGUUAGAUUCAUGGCCGAUUUUGAAAUGGAAUUGUUUCUUUCGGAGUAUAAGAGUGUGUUCAAGGUUUCCAUGGUCAAUGGCACCCGAAUUGUUUCCCUUAGCAUAUUUAUGGAUCCAUUUGAGUAA